AUGCGCCGAAUGUCAGUGGUGCUCUGCGCCAGCGGUGACCCGUAUCAUGUGCCGUCGCUUGCACGUGUCGCAUUGUUCCCGCUGCAUCUGGACCCACCAACGAAGCAACAUCGCGAACUGUUCCGGCUGCUGCUCGGUGCGCCAGACCUCGCUGCUGCACCGUCGAUGGCGUUCUCUGCUGCAUCAAAGCCCCAUUCACCAUCAUCGAACAUCUCCAGUGCUGCGCAGAUGGAGGCGGCCGCGUGGUCGUCCUCCUCCUCUUUCCUCCCUCCGCAGUUGUCUUCUGCUUCUCCUGGGCCUUCAUCAGACGCCGGGGUGACAUCCUAUGCGAAGGCGAUUCAUUCCGGCAUCGCUGCGCGGGUGCAGAACAUAUUCGGUCGCUCCACCAAGGGUACAGUGGGUAUAUCAUCGUCGUCACCGGUGGCGCAGUCCGGAUCCAGCGACGAGUGGCAACAUGGCCUGCCAUUCAUGGGUGCGUCAACACCAACGCCGUCCUCCAGCAGCUCCAGCUUCAGCGACUUGGACCCCAUCUCCUGCGGCACCUCGUCACCGUACUGGUACAUGGAGGCGUUCGCGACGAGCCUGCGCGAGGACAGUCAGCUGGCGCCCUUUGACGACAUCAUCCUUAUCCCCAACACCCGUCACCCUGUCAGCCUGCGCCAAUCGACGCACCUCGCGGCGUUAGCGGUGCUUGCUGCGCGCGGCUUGGCCCGCGUUCACGUCGACUUCACUGCGCUGGAGCACCCGGACGAGUCGAUGCCCAUCGUGUACGACCUCAUCUGUCGCUACCCCAACAGCGUGCUUGUCCACUGGCUGCAUGAUGCGUACGAGGUACUCAACUGGAGCCACUUCGCCGACUUUAAGUCGACAGUACCAAUGCUGCUUCUGCAGACUCAGAGCUACCCACCUAAGGCACUUGAGCGACAGCGGCCGGCGGGCAGUGUAUCGCGGCUCACGUCACGACAGUAUCACUCACCCAUCGGCCAGUACGUGCGCAGUCCGGAGGAGGCGGACUACUACCGACGUGCAGAGCGCUUCAUGAAAGCUGCAUCCAUGCACCGCCGAUGCAACCCAACGCCGAUGAUGAUGGCGACAGCGGACCGUAGCGAUCCGGAGAGCAGCAUGGAGAUGCGCUGCGAGAGUGCCUCGCUGGUGGAUCGCGAGUCAGACUACUUCGAUGACGUCCCCAACGUGCCGCCGCGGCGGCGUCAACUUGACAACGACGUGUCGGACAACGGCUCCAAGGAGCGCAAAGAGUCUCUGCCACCGAAACACGCGAAGGUGCGGGCCCGCUCACCGCUACUGCGCGGCGGCGACACGACGACGCGGACAGCCUCCACGGCCUCCACGUCAGUCACCGUUGCCACCGGAGGAGGCCACACGACAGUCCCGAAAAGGGGACUCUCACGGAGGCGGAUCUCGCCUGUGCACGAGGAGCUGGGGGUGAACUACGUGAACUGCGCUAAGGGUCGCUGGUGGAACACGCCUGGCGGCCGUGGCGAUGAUGAGGUGGAGGUGAGCCGCUCGUACUGGAGCUCCACCAGCAGCAGCUGGCUCGGUGGCGGCACUGCAUCAUCCGCCACUCUGCCGGACUGGAUUGCGGAGGAAGGAGUGACGGCGGCGGACCGCGAGUGGAGGAGGUGCCAGCACAGCGAUGGCAGCGACGGCAGCAGCAUCGAUGCCGCGGUUGCCGCAGCCGAGCUUCACGACGACGGUGAAGUCUUUGAGACAGGCGGCCGUUCGGGCGUGAGUGAUGGCGGGCUGCAGAAAGUGGACACGGUGGUGUCUGAUGACGGCUUUGCGCUCUCGGUGAACGCCCCGACGGAUGAGGGAGCCGACGCCGGUGUCCUUCGAGCAGGCACGACAACGGCCAAGGUGGCUGGUGCGGGGUCUACAACGUAUAGAACAGGUACAGCGUCCGCCGUGCCCACCUCGCCGGAGGGCCAGAAGACCGCCAACGAAGACACCCGCGAGCAUUUUCUGACGCGCGAGAUAGAGGAUGUGCAUGCCGAGCUGAGCCGCAUGUUACGGUCGGCCAGCGCCGCCGCUGGCACCGUCGUUGCUGCGGCAGGCGGCCAAUCCUCUCAUGGAGCAGCAGGAACGGCCAGGUCAAACUCUACGUCGAGCCGGGCAUCGAAGACGCAUGACAACGUUGUGGCCCGUUUCAUCAUCCGCAGCACUGCCCGCCCCUUCGGCGCUGCGGAUGCUUGUCACGAAGAACACCAGCCGGCACGUCGUCGCAACCGCACCGUGCGCCAGCUGAUCGACGAGCUCUACCCGCCGCGCACUUAUGCCUCGGUGGGCGCCUCGAACAGCACGAGCGCCAUGCCCGCGACCACAGAAGCUGGCAUGGUGGACGAAAGCGACGCAUUUGGCGCCGAGCCAUCGCUGCUCUCUUCCUCCUCGCACUUGGCGCCAAAGCCCAGGGUGGGGCCGCAGUCCUCUGCGACUGCAGUGCCGUCGAACGACUGCGACGGCAGUAGUCACAACUGCGAGAGUGGCGACAGAAAUGGCACCAGUGGCAGCGCGUUCCUGGACAUUAGCGCGUGGAUGGACGCGCCGAUGGUGGAGGUGCACCCCAUUACGCGGAGCACCGGUGCGGAUGUUCGGCAGGCGCUUUGGGAGCAGGAGAUCAACCCCUCUUUCAUUCUAACUGACUGCGUGCAGCGGUACGUUGAGGGGCACGGCCUCUACCGUGACCCCCGCAAAGCAACGGCCGCCUCUCUCUACGGUAGCGUCGGCGUCAGCAACGACUAUGGAAACGGCACCCGCAGCGGCAGCGGUGGCUGUGGCGGCGCCUCCGGACUGGACGGGAGCGCCGGGGCGGCUGGACAGAUGAGUGGCGCCGAUGCCGGGUUCCGUGACUCGGCAGCUGUGGGCACCGGUGGAACUGGUAGCGGCUUUGGCGGCGGCAUGAGCAGCAGCACCGGCAGCAGCAUUGGCAUCCGCCGCGUCGUCGCUUCACGCGAUACUGCCACACUCUUCUUUCCUGGUCUCAUCCCUCGGCUAGAGCUUCACUACGAUCGCAACAACCUUCUUGCGCGGGAGCAGUUUGAGAAGCUGCGCAUCUUCCAAUGCCAAGACGGCGAGGAGCCAGACCUGAUUGUACCUAUCGGUGGCGACGGGUACAUGAUGCACUGCAUUCGAAAGAACUGGCGCCGCUUUAUCCCCUUCUACGGGGUCAACGCCGGCCACGUUGGAUACUUGCUGAACAGCCGCUCCACCUUGGAGGAGCUCUUCUCCUCACCGCUGAAGUUGCACUUCACGACAAUGCUCUAUUGCCAGGCUGAGAAGGAGGGUGACACUGGCGAGCGGAUGUUGCUGUCAGAGCUGGCAUUCAACGAUGCCUGGGUGGAGCGGUCGAGCGGACAGACGGCGCUGAUCCGCAUUCUCGUCAACGGGAAGGAGCGCAUUCGGCGGCUGCGUGGCGAUGGCGUGCUUGUCUCUACGGCUGCCGGUAGCACAGCCUACAGUCAGGCUCUAGGCGCGUCCCCUGUGCCGGUUGGUGCCCCACUAAUUCAAAUUGUUGGCAGCAACGUUGUGUCGCCCGCGCAGUGGCGGCCGGCACACCUCGAUCAGGAGGACCAGGUGGAGUUUGAGGUCAUCGACAGUACAAAGCGUCCAUGCCGCUGCUACGUCGACUCCGUCGAUGUUGGCAACGUGACGCGCUUGCUCGUGCGGUCCAGUCGAGUCGCCGGUGUGACCCUCGCAUUUUCGAAGAGCUGCGACCUGCAGCACAAGUUAUAUCAGAUGCAGUUCCCCAAGACGCUGUGA